AUGACAUUCCCAUUAUUUUUUAAGGAUAUUGAAAAAUAAGAUUUACUUACAAUAUCAGGAAUAGAAUAUAUAAAGAAGAGAUUAAUAGGUAAAGGUAGUUAUGGUUUAGUCUAUCUGAUAUAAAAUAAAUAAACCUUUGAAUUAUAUGCUUUAAAGAUUUAAUCAUCCAUUCAAAAAGAAGAAAUAGAAAUUUUAUAAAAGUUAAAAUAAAAAGUCUUUAAAAACUUAGUUAAUAUCAUAGAAUUUUAAAAACAUCAUGAAACAAAUGAAUAUUUUUUAUUGAUGGAAUAUUGUGAAAAUAGUUUAUAAAAUGAAAUAGAUAAACAUCCUCUUGAUAAAAAUGAGGCUAGAUAUAUAAUUAAAUAAAUAGCCAAUGGUAUAAAGGAAUUACAUGAACAAAAAAUUAUUCAUAGAGAUUUAAAACCAGAAAAUAUUCUUGUUUUUGUUAAAAAAGAUCAUAAUAUAAAUUUGUCAUAAAAAAUAUAUAAAAUAUGUGAUUUUGGUUUAUCAAGUACUAAAGAUUUAGCACUUACCUUAUAAUGUGGAACAGCUCAUUAUAUGCCUCCAGAACAAAUAAAACAAAAUAAUAAUCAUUAAGGAUAUGAUUAAUCAGUAGAUAUCUGGGCCUUUGGUACUGUUAUUUAUGAAUUAUUUACUCAAAAAGUCAUGUUUAUGAAAUCUAAUAGAUAACAAAUUUAUAAUGAAAUUCUUAAUAUUACACAACAAGAGAUUGACUAAAAAAUCAAAAAUAAUUUGACUAUGUUAGAUUAAAAAUAUGUAAUGCUUGUUUAAAAAAUGAUUCAAAUUGAUCCAUCUAUGAGAAUAACUAUUGAUUCGAUUUUGUUAGAACUAAAUUAAAAGGGUAAAAAUAUUUAAACUCAUAAUGUAAAUAAAGAAAAUAUUAUAAAAGCCGUAAGAACAAUGUAGAAAGCAAAGAAGUAAUUCAGAAGGCAAUAAUGGACUAAAUUAAAUUUAAAAGCCAUAGUAGAAUAUUUUCAGUACUGA